AAACAAUCCAUUUCGCCAGUGAGUUUGAGUCGUAUCCCCCUUCUUUCGAAUUCAGCGCCUGCAUGGCGGAAGGUCGAUCCAAUGACGAUCCCUGAGAGCCAUGUUGGAUAGAAAUGCUCUUCUCUUCAUCGGGCUCCAGUUCGGCUCACGGUUUGCCAACUCCUUCCUGGUGACUGCCGCAAGAUAUGAGCUGCUGGAAGCUGGAGGCAUUUUUCAAUUUGCUGGAGCACAAGUGGCGACCAAUGUGGCGCGCAUGUUGGUGUCACAGGUGGCGGGCCUGUUGACCGACAACUUCGCCUUGAAACGAAUGUACGUCGCCUCAGAGGCUCUCAACCUGGUUCUUGCAGUGGCGAUGCUUGCGUGUGGCCAACAUCAUAGCAGGAUGCUGUUUGCCCUGAAUAUAGGCCUCGGCUUGCUCUUCGCCUUUUCGCAGCCCGUGACGAAGUCGAUGCCGCCGGCGGUCGCCGCGGCGCGGGAGGACUUGGCCAUCAUCAACGGAUGGGACUUGACCUGUGAUAAGAUCGGCCGGUACUUGGCGCCCUUUGCCUAUGCCGUGGUCUCGUCCAGUCAUGGAUUCAACUUUGCAGUGCUGCUGAGCUGUUUGAUGUAUGCUUUGAUGUCUGUGCUGCGGAUGAUGGUCACAGUCCUGGAGCCAGCCUCUCGCAGAGAGACCAAGAAUGGAGCUUCACAACCAACUGUUGCUCAGAAGCUUGGCGGCUUAUUGCAGCAGGUUGUGGAUGGCGUGACCUCUUUGAGAAGGGACAAAGUUCUCCAGCUUCUCAUCAUCAAUACACUCGUCACCAACGUCUUCCUCUACCCUUUGAAUUCGGUGCAUUUCCCGGUGCUUUUCAAGCAGGUCGCAGAGCGAGAGAAGUCCGAGCUGGAUCGGACAGUCGUGGAUGACCUGCUGCACCAGGUGAUGCUCGCCCUGGACAUCAAAAGGAAAGACAUGUGGAGAAACUACAAUGCUUUAGUUUCUCUUGGUGGGGUUGCAGGACCCUUCCUGUCAAAUGCAAUGAUCUACAUGCUGGAGUCAUACUCGACCAACCACAAGGUUUGCCAAUUGUGGGUGGGAGUAAACUUCGGCAUCGUCGGACAGAUUUCUACCAUGGCUUUGCUGGCCGGUAUGGUGCUGCUGAGCAGCAGCUUUGGCAGUGGCUCACUAGUUUUCAAUUUGGUGGGUGCAUGGAUUGUCACCAUCUCUGUAAAUAACAUCGUCACCACUUACUUCAACUCCAUCUCCCAAGAACGGCUUCAGCAGAAAGAGCGUGGCCGGUUCAUCGCCAACAUCAUGACCAUUUUCAAUCUCGGCAGCAUUUGUGGAAGUCUUCUCUUUGGAUGGGUCUUGUCAGCCCAUGAGAACAGUGUGACUGGCUCGGUGAACCUGCUGCUUUGUGGCCUCAUGAUCAAGAUCAUCUUACUUGUGCUGCUGCGGAGGGAAGGAAAAGGUACCUUCUCAGGUGGUUCUCGACCACAUUCCGACUGAAGCUAAAGCAAGUGCUUGUGGGUUCGCUUGGUCACUUUGCCUUUGGGCAGCCUUGAUAGAGCCAUUCAAAGAGGGUCUGGCUCA